CUUGUUACAGCCUGUUGAAGUCAAAAUUUGGUUUGAAGCUGACUAAGUUCUUUAAAGAACAGCUAACCAAGCUAGUCUGGAAACGUCAUCUGAGCUGUACUGGGAGUCUCUUUAAACCGAGCAAGAUGAAUGGCCACGCGGUCACUGAACAAGGAGAUACCAGCUCCAGAACAAGUAGUACGCCAAGUGGGAAACACUCAGUCGAGAAAAUAUACCAGAAAAAGACCCAGUUGGAACAUAUUCUGCUCCGACCUGAUACAUACAUUGGAAGUGUCGAGCCAAUUACCCAGCAGAUGUGGGUUUAUGAUGGAGAAGAACUGGGCAUGCGAUUCAGACCGGUCACUUUUACUCCCGGACUGUUUAAAAUUUUCGACGAAAUCUUAGUGAACGCGGCUGACAAUAAGCAACGUGAUCCGAAAAUGAGAAAGCUGAAAAUCACUAUUGACCCGGAAAAGAACGUGUACUCUGUUUGGAACGAUGGAUCAGGUGUGCCGGUCCAAAUGCACAAGACGGAGAAGAUGUACGUCCCUUCACUCAUUUUUGGACACCUUCUAACCUCUAGCAAUUUUGACGACACUCAGAAAAAGGUCACGGGAGGUCGAAACGGUUAUGGAGCCAAACUGUGCAAUGUGUUUAGUAAAAAGUUCACUGUGGAAACAGCGAGUAAAGCUAAUAAAAAGAAGUUCAAACAGUCGUGGGCGAAUAACAUGUCGAAGGCAAAUGAGCCCGUUAUACUUGAGAACAACAAUGACCAGGAUUACACUUGUGUCACUUUUGAACCUGACCUUACGAAGUUUAACAUGGAAAAAAUGGAUGCAGAUACUGUUGCAUUGUUCACGAAAAGAGCUUACGAUAUGUGUGCUACAGUUUCGGGAAUAUCGGUUUACUUGAACGGAAAACUUUUGCCCAUUAAAAGUUUCAAAGACUACGUGGAGUUGUUUAUAAAGAAACCAGCUGAAGAUGAUCCAACAAUCCAGGCACCUGUUUUGGUGCACGAGAAAGUCAACACAAGGUGGGAGGUGGCGGUUUGCAACUCUGAAACUGGCUUCAAGCAAAUCAGUUUCGUCAAUAGUAUCGCGACAACUAAAGGCGGAACGCAUGUAAACGCUGUUGUAGACCAACUAGUUGAGAAGUUGAUUACGACUGUGAACCGGAAAAAUAAAGACAAACAACCAGUGAAGCCUUUUCAAGUUAAGAAUCAAAUGUGGGUGUUUAUAAACUGUCUCGUUGAGAACCCGACUUUCGAUUCUCAAACGAAGGAAAACAUGACGCUCCAAGCGAAGAAGUUCGGCUCGAAGUGUGAGCUUUCGGAGAAUUUCAUGAAGGGUGUGGUUAACUGUGGGAUUGUGGACAAUGUGUUGCAGUGGCUGAACUUCAAAGCGCAGAAAGAUCUGAACAAAAAAGGAGGAACUGACAAGAAACAGGUGAAGCUUAAGGGUAUACCCAAACUAGAUGACGCCAACGAAGCCGGAGGAAAAGGUUCUCACGAUUGCACCCUGAUUCUAACCGAGGGAGACUCGGCCAAAUCUUUGGCUGUUUCUGGACUCGGAGUAGUCGGAAGAGACAAUUACGGAGUCUUCCCUCUACGAGGUAAACUUCUGAACGUCCGGGACUCUGCCACGUCGCAAAUUAUUGGAAACAAAGAAAUAAAUAACAUUAUGAAAAUAGUUGGCUUGCAACCGAAGAAGAAGUACGAAGAUGUCGAUGAUUUAAAGAGUCUGAGAUACGGAAAGAUAAUGAUAAUGACAGAUCAGGAUCAAGACGGAUCACAUAUCAAAGGACUGUUGAUUAACAUGGUCCAUCAUUUCUGGCCGGGACUCUUAAAAAAGAACUUUGUUGAGCAGUUUAUAACCCCGAUUGUUAAAGUGACAAAAGGUAAAGAAGUUCAAUCCUUCUUUAGUUUACCUGAAUUUGAUGAAUGGAGAAAUAAUACCCCGAAUUGGAAAACCUAUAGUAUAAAGUACUACAAAGGUUUGGGUACCUCAACUAUGAAAGAGGCUAAAGAGUAUUUCUCAGACAUGGAACGACAUCGGAUUCUGUUUAAAUAUGGUGGUCGUGAAUGUGACAAUUCAAUUGAGCUCGGAUUCGCGAAGAACAAAGCAAACGAGCGAAAAGAUUGGCUUACCAAUUUCAUGACUGACCGAACUGAAAGACGUCGCAAUAAUGAAUCAGAGGUGUACCUCUACAAGAAAGACACAAAAACGGUCACUUAUUCAGACUUUAUUCACAAGGAGUUGGUCUUGUUUUCAAACGCGGAUACAGAAAGGUCAAUUCCGAAUAUAAUGGAUGGACUCAAACCAGGUCAAAGAAAAGUGCUAUUCACAUGUUUCAAAAGGAAUGAUAAAAAAGAAGUCAAAGUUGCCCAACUUGCGGGUUCGGUUGCUGAAAAGUCUUCGUAUCACCAUGGUGAAGUGUCCCUCCAAGGAACAAUUGUAAAUUUGGCCCAAAAUUUUGUCGGGUCAAACAACUUGAAUCUACUUUUGCCCAUUGGACAGUUCGGUACACGAUUGCAAGGCGGCAAAGAUGCUGCUAGUCCAAGGUACAUUUUCACGAUGUUGAACCCGGUAACCAAAAUCAUGUUUAACGCCAACGACGAACCAAAUUUGAACCCGCAGUUUGAAGACAACCAGAAAAUUGAGCCAGAGUUUUAUUGUCCAGUACUUCCCACGGUUUUGAUUAACGGCGCUGAAGGUAUCGGAACCGGUUGGUCGACGAAGAUAUUGAACCACGAUGUAAGAGAAGUCAUUGCAAACUUGAAGAGACUGCUGAACGCCGAGGAACCGUUGCCGAUGAUGCCAUCUUGGAAAAAUUUCCAAGGAACUGUUCGUCAAAUUGACGAGGAACAUUACACUGUUUUCGGCAAUGUGGCCGUUCUAGAUGAAACUACAAUUGAGAUUACAGAACUCCCCGUUGGUGUGUGGACACAAAACUACAAAGAAGCGGUCUUAGAGCCGAUGUUAAAUGGGACCGAAAAGGACAAACCAGUCAUUACGGACUACAAAGAGUAUCACACGGAUACGACUGUUAAGUUUGUAGUUUACAUGCCAGCGGAUAAAUUGCACGAAGCAGAAAAUUCAGCUGGGGGUUUGCACAAAUUCUUCAAAUUGGCAACGGAUAAAGCAAGUUCAAAUAUGGUUCUCUUUGAUUCGAAUAAUUGCAUCAAGAAAUACGAAUCGACUAUUGAAAUUUUGAAAGAGUUUUUUGUCAUAAGACUGGACAUGUAUGAUAAACGAAAGAAAUUUAUGGUCGGAUUAUUGACUUGUGAGAGUGAAAAAUUGAGUGCGAUUGCUCGGUUCAUUCUGGAAAAAAUUGAAGGAACUAUCAUUGUGGAGAAUAAGAUGAAAAAGAUUCUUAUCAAGGAGUUAAUUGCCAAACAUUACCCUUCAGAUCCUGUCAAAAAGUGGAAAGACGAUCAAAGUAAAAAGUUGAAAAUGUUGAUGGGCGAUGAAGUUUCGGACAGUGAAAAUGAAGAUGAAGCGACAACUUCAAAGGAAACAGAAUCCGGCCCCGACUAUCAGUACCUUCUGGGAAUGCCGCUGCUAAAUUUGACCAAAGAAAAGAAAGAUGAAAUUCUGAAGCAAAGAGACGAAAAACUGACUGAGUUGAAAAUAUUGGAGAAAACAACGAUUAAGAAAUUGUGGCUUGAUGAUCUUGACGCGACAUUGAAAGAAUUGGCAGUGCAAGAACAACUUGAACAUGAAGAAAGCGCAGCGGCUGUAGCGCUGUCUAACAAAGCAGCGAGUAAGAAGAAGGGUAAAAUCGGGAGGUCUACUAAGAAAGAGGGCGCUUUGCUUGAUACGAAACCAAGUGCCAAUGCAAAGCUAAUUGAACCACCCAGCUCGGACAAACUGAAAGCAAGUAAAGAAAAGCCGCCAGGUAAACGAGCACUAGCGAAGGCCAAGAAAAUUGAAGGAGAAACGAAUGGUGGUGACGUAAAAGCCGAACCAGUUGAUUCGGAAGACGAACUAGUCGGUAAAUCGCUCGCGGAACGGCUGAAUGAAAGCGGCCAAGGUAAAGCUCUGAAACUCCUUUCACCUAAACUUGAGAAAGCAGAAGGAACGUCGGGCGCAAAGAAAGUUGCGGUGAAGCGACCCGCGAACAAGACAGUAGCUGGAAGCAAGGCGUCUGGGUCCUCGGCUGGGCCUAGAUCGAAACAGAUGAAGCUGACUGAUAUGGGCUCCAAGAGUGUGAAAAAGGAAUCAGGUGGUAAGUCGUCGCCGGCGAAGAAGGGAGGAAGAAAGAAGGAUCCUUGGGAAUCUGAUUCAGAAGAAGAAGAGGACGAUUUGUCGGAAAUUGAUGACGAUGAAGAUGAAGAUGAAGAGGAGCCAGAAUAUCAUGAUGAAGAUGAUGAUAUGAACGGAGACGCAGAAAAUGACCUGGACAUUGAUGAUGAGAGUCCAGUAGUUGUGGCCAAGAAACCAAAAACUGCUGCCGCGUCCUCCAAGCCGAAACCAGAACCAGCAACAUCUUCCAGGACUACUGCUCCCAAGAAGAAAACGGCUCCUGUGAAAGCGAUUAAAAUCGAAUCAGACGAUGAAUCAGAAGACGAGUUUAAAAUCGAUGAUAAUGAUGACGAUGACUCACCCGUUGUGAAAAGUAGCAGAGUUGGCCGAGCUAAAAAGCAAAUUAACUACAAAGGAUUAGUCGAUUCAGAUGAAGAUGAUGAUGUUGAAUAAACCGUAUGACUGCUGAAUACAAACUUGAUCGCAUUAAUGAACAAACGCACUCUAGUUCAUCUGAACUUAAUAAAGAGAAAAAAGUUCUCUCAGUUCAGAGACUGGGAAUCAAAUUCAAUGUGAAAACUGAACUUUUCUUAUGCCAACUGAACUCAAUUUACUUUACAUUUGAUUAAAUGUUUCUUGAUUGGUUGUUUUUUUUAUUUUGUUUUCUCCUUAUUUUAAUUAUGUCGCACUUAAUUUAUAGUCGUUUAUUCCGUAUCCAUGUUAUGUGCUGGCUUGGCAGUGAUUCUAGUGCUGGUUUUUAAUGAAUUGAGUUGAUAAUUUAGAAGUGUUUUCAAAAUGUGUCGAGGUAAUUUUAUUUGCGCACUUGAUGAUGUAGAUGUAAGUUUUGUCUAGCGGUCGAAUAACGAGUACUGUUUGCCGUUUUACGAUGAGUGCGUUUUGUUCGUUCGUGUGGUGUAGAGGGAGCAUGUUGUUUAAUUUAUGAUAAUUAAUUCAAAAUUCCGAUCCCCGCUUUUA